CACAUGAACUGAGUAAAUCUCUGCCACCUACAAGCAAACAUGGACAACCCGGUGUCCCCCGCCGCAGACAAGAGGCUGCGCUUUAUAGAAGAAUAUGUCCUGAAAACCCUGAAGAUGAAGGCGGACCGCUGGCAGAAAUGUCUGUCCACCGAGGAGAACAAGGCCAUCUUCCAGGAGUUCUUGGAGAAGGCAGAUCAGAUGGUGCUGGUGGUGGCACUCAACCCGGCCGGGCUGCUGGUCCCCCUGCUAGAGUUCCCCAACUCCAUGAAGAAUAAAGGCGUGUAUUUCCUGAAGAGGACCAACGCCUUCCUCAGCCCCGAUUCCAUGAAGAGCAAUUUAAUCUACGGGGAUCUUUCCUACGCGCCCCUGGAUCACUUCUCCGCGUUGGUGGAAGAGGUCAUCGUCCCAGUCCUGGCUAAUCAGAAGAACCAUCAGAACUGGCCGCUGGUCGUGUCCCAGGAUGUCAUGCGUCACGUCAACGGCCUGAAAAGCAGCACCUUUGUAAUGGCGGGUCAGGUGCGGGGGAAGACGUUGCUGCCGCUGCCUUCAGGGUCCGAGAGGAUGGAGUACAUCGAGUACGAGAGCGAGAAGAACGACAACCUGGACAAGACGAUCGUUCACGCCAUUGAGUCGGCCAUCAUUCACUGGAGCCAUCAGGUUCGUGGGGUGCUGAAGAGAGAAUCCUCUGAGCAACUAUUACUAGGGAAGAAUCCAAACCCCAACGUGGAGCUCGACUUCUGGAAAAACAGAUAUGCAGACCUGGAAUGUAUCUACAAUCAGCUGAAGACCAGGAAGGUGCGCAAGAUGGCUGAGCUUCUGGAGAGAGUGGAGAGCAGCUACUUCCCGGCGUUCAAGGCCUUGUUCAGGGAUGUCGUGGCAGCCCUGUCAGAAGCUCAGGAUAUUAAUCUCUAUCUGAAGCCCCUCCAGCGUCAUUUUGAAGAAAUAGAAAACGUUGAAUUCAACGAGGUGAAGCCGAUGAUUGUCCCUCUCAUGCACGUGUUGUGCCUGGUGUGGGCUCAGUCCAAAUAUUACAACACCCCUGCACGGAUUAUCGUCCUGAUGCAGGAGGUCUGCAACCUGUUCAUCCAGCAGGCUCGCAACUACCUAAACCCUGAAGACUUGCUGAAAGGGGAAACAGAAGAAAGUGUGGGCCGAGUCCAGGAGGUCCUCUCCGUCCUGCGGUUCCUGAUGAACACAUUUGAGGAGAGCAGAGAAAAGCUGCCGAGCUACUUCAAAAACGGGCAAGAAGUGAAGACGUGGGAUUUCUCCUCCAUACUUGUGUUCGCCAGACUGGAAUGCUUCAUAAAGAGACUGGAAACCAUUGAGGAUUUACUUCUCACGGCUCUGGAUAUGAUGAAACUGGAGAAAAUCGAAUUUGGGGGCAUCAAAGGGAAAGUUCUCAGUCGGACAGUGGCUGACUUGUACCAGGAGUUCCAAGACACAUAUAAAGUGUUCUCUGAGAGAACAUACGACUGCCUGGACAUGGAGAACAAGGAAUUUGAAGACGAUGUCUCAGAUUUCAAACUGAAUGUUGAGGACAUGGACCGGAAGCUGGGGACGGUGUUCUGCCUGGGGUUUGAUGACACCUCCGGCCUGGAGCAUGCGUUUCGGCUGCUGGAUAUGUUCGGAAGCCUCCUGGACAGGCCCAUCAUCGCACGGGAUGCGUUUGAUAAGUACCCGCUCCUCAUCACCAUGUUUGAGGAAGAACUGGACACCGCCAAAGCCAUCUAUGACAGGCACAUGCUGGAGGUGACGGAGCAAGGAUAUCCACAGAUAAACAAGAACAUGCCUGCCGUCUCCGGGAAUCUGAACUGGGCUAAAGAGCUGAGAGAGAGGCUGCAGACGCCAUACAGCAACUUCAGCCACAUCACGCACCCGUGCAUGGAGUCUGAGGACGGGAGCAGGAUGAAGCAGAAGUACGAGGAGAUGAUGGCUCUUCUAGACCAGUACAUAGAGAAGCUGUAUGAAGAAUGGUGCCAGACGGUGUCAGAGAAAUCUCAGUAUAACCUCAUGCGGCCUCUCAUUUCACGCGAUGACGGCUCCAGGCUCAUCAACGUCAAUUUUGACCCGCAGCUGGUGUCUGUGCUGCGAGACGUGAAAUACCUGCAAACACUUCACAUGGAAACCAUACCAAAGGAGGCCGAAGACAUCUUCUCUUCCAAAGAGUCCUACAGACAGUACACUGCAAACCUGGAACUGACCACCAACUGGUACAACAAGGUUAUAAGCUCCAUCCUAGAGGUGGAGUUCCCCCUGGUGGAAGGGCAGCUCAAGGACAUAGAUAUCCGGUUAAAAUCAGCAGAAGAUACCUUAAACUGGAAAGCACACGGAGUCUGGGAUUAUAUCCAGCAAGUUAGAGAUAGCGUCCACGACCUGGAGAGAAGGGUGCAGAAGGCCCGAGACAACGUGGAGGAAAUUCAGUCCAUCAUGAAGACCUGGGUGCUGCCCAUAUUUGAGAGGAAAGAUGGCAAGAAAGACACUCUCCUUAACUUGGACGAUCGGAGCGAGCGCCUGGAGAAGAGAUAUAACGUCAUCCGGGAAUCUGGCAGCAAAAUUCACCAACUAGUGCAGGAGAACAUGGAGCUCUUCUCCGCAGACCCCAACUCUGACGUGUGGAAAGCUUAUGUCGAUUACAUAGAUGAGACGGUUCUUGACGGCUUCUUCAAUGCUAUUGAAUGCUCCCUGAAGUUCAUCCUGGAUAACAUGGAUGCUAAGGCCGCCCUUGCUCCCUUAUUUGAAGUACAGUUGGACCUGGUAGUCCCAGACAUGGUCUUCCGACCUUCCUUGGAUCUUGGAACCAGUGAUGGCUUGUACGACAUCAUAGAAGGCCUCAUCAAUGAUAUCUACAAAACUUCCUCUUUGGUCCCUCGGCUCUCAAAGACAAGCACUUUCCCGAAUUACCAAGCAGACAUGGAAGACAUGGCGGACCUGGCAGACAUGCGUAACUUCCUGAUGGAAAGUGUUCAGAACAUAAUGUCCAUGUGCGCUGAAUAUCGAAACUCCUUAGACCAAUACGCCUACUUGUACGUGGAUGACCGCAAGGAGUUCAUGCGCCAGUUCCUCCUCUAUGGCCACGUACUGACCCCCGAGGAGAUAGAAGCUCAUGCUGAAGAUGGGGUCCCAGAGACACCCCCCACCUUACUGCAGUUCAGAGAACAGAUAGACUCAUAUGAGAAGAUCUAUGAAGAGGUUAACCAAAUGGAGCCGGUCAAUGUCUUUGAUUGUUGGAUGAGGGUGGAUGCCCAUCCCUUCAAAUCUGCCCUUCUUAAUGUCAUCAAGAGGUGGAGUCUGAUGUUCAAGCAGCAUCUUAUUGACCACGUAACAAACAGUUUGGCCGAUCUAGAGGAGUUCAUCGAGGUGGCAGAACAUGGGUUAAGUAAGCAACUGAAUGAAGGAGACUACAAUGGUCUGGUGGAAAUAAUGGGUCACUUAAUGGCUGUGAAGGAUCGUCAGAGCAGCACCGAUGAGUUGUUUGAACCCUUGAAGCAGACUAUAGAGCUCCUGAAAGUCUAUGAGCAGGAGCUCCCUGAUGAAGUCUACAAACAACUGGAGGAACUUCCAGAGAAGUGGAACAAUAUUAAGAAGAUGGCCAUUACCGUAAAGCAACAUGUUGCACCGCUGCAAGCCAAUGAAGUGACACUUCUCCGCCGGACCUGCGCUUCCUUUGAUGUUGAGCAAUACCAUUUCAGAGAGAGGUUCCGCAAGGAAGCUCCCUUCAGAUUUGACAGCAUCUCUCCAUACCAGACACUUAACCUCAAACAUAUGGAAAUAAAAAAAAUGGAGGCCACCAUGGCCUCAACAUAUGAGUCCGCAGCCUUAUUUGAAGUCAACGUUCCAGACUACAAGCAAUUGAAGCAAUGUAGGAAGGAAGUCUGUCUGCUCAAGGAGCUUUGGGACAUGAUCACCCUGGUGACAUCCAGUAUGAAUGACUGGCAAACAACCAAAUGGAGAGAGAUCAACGUGGAGAACAUGGAUCUGGAGUGUAAGAAGUUUGCAAAGGACAUCCGAAACCUGGACAAGGAGAUGAGGGCAUGGGAUGCUUUCGGAGGGCUUGACAACCAAGUGAAAAACAUAUUGACGUCUUUAAGGGCCGUGGCAGAACUUCAGAAUCCAGCCAUCCGCGAAAGACACUGGAGUCAACUCAUGCAAGCCACCGGCGUCCGCUUCACUAUGGACGAAGACACCACUCUUGCCGACCUACUAAAACUCAACCUCCAUAACUUUGAGGAUGAAGUACGUGGCAUUGUGGACAAAGCUGUGAAAGAGAUGGGCAUGGAGAAGGUGCUGAAGGAGCUCAAUACCACCUGGAGUGGAAUGAACUUUCAGUACGAACCUCAUCCCAGGACAAAAGUGCCUUUGAUCAAAUCGGACGAGGAGCUUAUUGAGACCUUGGAAGACAAUCAAGUUCAGCUCCAGAAUCUGAUGACCUCCAAGUACAUUGCCUUCUUCUUAGAAGAAGUGUCAGACUGGCAGAAGAAGCUGUCCACGGCUGAUUCUGUCAUUUCCAUCUGGUUUGAAGUUCAGCGCACCUGGUCUCAUCUAGAGAGCAUUUUCAUAGGUUCAGAUGACAUUCGAGCACAACUUCCUGAGGACUCCAAGAGAUUCGAAGGCAUUGACACAGAUUUCAAAGAGUUGGCUCAAGACGCUAACGGGACUCCGAACGUCGUGGAGGCCACCAACAAGCCGGGGCUGUACGACAAGCUGGAGGAUAUUCAGGGAAGGUUGUCUCUAUGUGAAAAAGCCUUGGCGGAAUACCUGGACACCAAGAGACUGGCAUUCCCUAGAUUUUACUUCAUAUCCUCUGCAGAUUUACUGGACAUCUUGUCAAAUGGAACUAAUCCACAACUUGUCAUGCGCCAUCUGUCCAAACUGUUCGACAAUAUGGCAAAGAUGAAAUUCAAAGAUGCAGAGUCCAAGACCGGCCUCGGCAUGUCCAGCAAGGAGGACGAAUACGUCACGUUCAACGAGCCUUGUGAUUGCAGCGGCCAGGUGGAAACCUGGCUGAACCGGGUGCUGGACUCCAUGAGGUCCACCGUCAGGCAUGAAAUGACCGAAGCCGUCACUGCGUAUGAGGAGAAGCCCAGGGAACAAUGGCUGUUUGACUAUCCUGCCCAGGUGGCGCUUACCUGCACUCAGAUUUGGUGGACCACUGAGGUUGGCAUCUCCUUUUCCCGUCUGGAGGAAGGCUAUGAGAACGCCAUGAAGGAGUAUUACAAGAAACAAGUCAACCAGCUGAACACCCUCAUCACUAUGCUGAUCGGUCAACUGUCCAAGGGGGACAGGCAGAAAAUCAUGACAAUCUGUACCAUCGACGUUCACGCCCGAGACGUGGUCUCUAAGAUAAUUGCACAGAAGGUUGACAAUGCUCAGGCUUUCGUGUGGCUGUCGCAGCUCCGCCACCGCUGGGACGAUGACAAGAAGCAUUGCUUUGCCAACAUCUGUGACGCCCAGUUCCUCUACUCUUAUGAGUAUCUUGGCAACACUCCACGGCUUGUUAUCACUCCUCUUACAGACAGAUGUUAUAUCACAUUGACCCAAUCCCUUCAUCUCACCAUGAGUGGAGCCCCUGCCGGACCAGCUGGUACUGGUAAGACCGAAACCACCAAAGACUUGGGCCGAGCGCUUGGCAUCAUGGUGUACGUCUUCAACUGCUCUGAACAGAUGGACUACAAGUCCUGCGGAAACAUCUACAAGGGGCUCGCGCAGACAGGGGCCUGGGGUUGCUUUGACGAGUUCAACCGAAUCUCAGUGGAGGUCUUGUCUGUGGUUGCGGUGCAGGUGAAGUGCAUACAAGACGCUAUCAGGGACAAGAAAAAGAGAUUCAACUUCCUGGGAGAGGAGAUCAAUCUGAUUCCUGCUGUAGGGAUCUUCAUCACUAUGAAUCCAGGCUACGCCGGCCGUACCGAGCUCCCAGAAAAUCUCAAGGCUCUGUUUAGGCCCUGUGCGAUGGUGGUCCCUGACUUUGAACUGAUCUGUGAGAUCAUGCUGGUGGCAGAAGGAUUCAUUGAAGCCAGGCUGCUGGCCCGGAAGUUUAUCACUCUCUACCAGCUCUGCAAGGAACUAUUGUCUAAGCAGGACCACUACGACUGGGGUCUGAGAGCUAUCAAAUCUGUGUUGGUGGUAGCGGGCUCCCUGAAGAGAGGAGACCCCGACCGCCCUGAAGACCAGGUUCUCAUGAGAGCUCUGCGCGACUUCAACAUUCCCAAGAUUGUCACUGACGACAUGCCCGUCUUCAUGGGCCUGAUUGGAGAUCUCUUCCCAGCGCUGGAUGUGCCCAGAAAGAGGGAUAUGGAGUUCGAGUCAUUCGUAAAGCAGGCGGUUUUGGACCUGAAAUUGCAGGCAGAAGACAACUUUGUACUGAAGAUUGUCCAGCUGGAAGAGUUGCUCGCUGUUCGCCAUUCCGUGUUCAUCGUAGGCAACGCAGGAACCGGGAAAUCUCAAGUGCUGAAGUCCCUAAACAAGACCUACCAGAUCAUGAAGAGACGUCCAGUGUGGACCGACCUGAAUCCCAAAGCUGUCACCAAUGACGAGCUGUUCGGCAUUAUAAAUCCGUCCACCCGCGAGUGGAAAGACGGGCUGUUUUCUUCAGUCAUGCGUGAACUGGCCAACAUUACACACGAUGGACCCAAGUGGAUCGUUCUUGAUGGAGAUAUUGAUCCAAUGUGGAUUGAGUCCUUGAAUACAGUCAUGGAUGAUAAUAAGGUUUUAACUCUGGCCAGUAACGAGCGAAUCCCCCUGAAUCCCACCAUGAGGCUGGUGUUUGAGAUCAGUCACCUGAGGACCGCCACCCCGGCCACAGUCUCCAGAGCAGGGAUCCUGUACAUUAACCCUGCAGACCUGGGCUGGAACCCCCCCGUCACCAGCUGGAUCGACAAGCGGGAGGUGCAGUCUGAGAGAGCCAACCUGACCAUACUGUUCGACAAGUAUCUGCCUGUGUGCUUGGACACUCUCAGAACCAGAUUCAAGAAGAUUAUCCCGAUUCCGGAGCAAAGCAUGGUCCAGAUGUUGUGUUACCUGCUAGAAUGUCUCCUGACCAAGGACAACACCCCCCCUGACUGCCCCAAGGAGCUCUACGAGCUGUACUUUGUCUUUGCCGCCGUGUGGGCCUUUGGAGGAGCCAUGUUCCAGGAUCAGCUGAUUGACUACAGAGUGGAGUUCAGUAAAUGGUGGCUCACAGAAUUCAAGACCAUCAAGUUCCCUUCGCAGGGCACCAUCUUCGACUGCUACAUCGACCCGGAGACCAAGAAAUUUGAGCCGUGGUCGAAACUUAUCCCCAAGUUUGAGUUUGAUCCAGACAUGCCCUUACAGGCUUGUUUGGUUCACACCACUGAGACUAUCAGAGUCCGCUACUUCAUGGACAAACUUCUGGAGAACAAGAGGCCUGUAAUGCUGGUGGGAAACGCAGGCACUGGGAAGUCCGUACUGGUGGGAGAGAAGUUAUCAUCUCUGGACCCUGAUGAGUAUCUAAUCAAGAAUGUUCCCUUCAACUACUACACCACGUCCGCCAUGCUGCAAGCCAUCCUAGAGAAGCCAUUGGAGAAGAAAUCCGGUCGGAACUACGGGCCCCCGGGAACCAAGAAACUUAUCUACUUUAUUGAUGAUAUGAACAUGCCGGAGGUGGACACGUAUGGCACCGUGCAGCCGCACACGCUGAUCCGACAACACAUGGACUACGGCCACUGGUACGACCGGACCAAGCUGGCCAUGAAAGAGAUAAUGAACGUCCAGUACGUGUCCUGUAUGAACCCCACCUCCGGCAGCUUCACCAUCAACCCCCGGCUGCAGAGACAUUUCAGUGUGUUUGCGCUGUCCUUCCCUGGCACGGAUGCCCUCUCUACCAUCUACAGCACCAUCCUGACUCAACACUUGAAGGUGGGCAACUUCCCUGCCGCCCUGCAGAAGAGCACGCAGCAGCUGAUCAGCCUGGCGCUGUCCCUGCACCAGAAAGUCACCUCCACCUUCCUGCCCACCGCCAUCAAGUUCCACUACAUCUUCAACCUGCGAGACCUGUCCAACAUCUUCCAGGGCAUCUUGUUCUCCACUCCGGACUGCCUCAAAACUCCCCAGGACCUGGUGAAGCUUUACCUGCACGAGUCUAACCGUGUGUAUCGGGAUAAAAUGGUGGAAGAGAAGGACUUUGACGUGUUUGAUAAGAUACAGACGGACAUGGUGAAGAAGUUCUACGACGACAUAGAUGAAACGCUGGAACAAGCAAAGUCCAUGAACAUGUUUUGCCAUUUCGCCAACGGUGUUGGAGAACCCAAAUACAUGCCGGUCCAGUCCUGGCAGACGCUGAGCAAGAUUCUGGUGGACGCUCUGGACAACCACAACGAGGUCAAUGCAGCAAUGAACCUGGUGCUGUUUGAGGACGCCAUGAGUCACAUUUGCAGAAUCAACCGCAUUCUGGAGUCCCCAAGGGGAAAUGCUCUGCUGGUCGGAGUCGGAGGCAGCGGAAAGCAGAGUCUGACAAGACUGGCAGCCUAUAUCAGCUCCUUGGAGGUCUUCCAGAUCACGCUCAGAAAAGGCUACGGCAUUCUGGAUCUCAAGGCUGACCUGGCAAGCCAAUAUAUUAAAACCGGAGUGAAGAAUGUGGGGACAGUUUUCCUUAUGACUGACGCCCAGGUGGCCGAUGAAAAGUUCCUUGUGCUAGUCAAUGACUUGCUGGCAUCGGGUGAGAUCCCAGACCUGUUUCCAGAUGAUGAAGUGGAAAACAUAAUCGGAAGUGUCAGGAAUGAAGUGAAGAGCCAAGGCUUGCUGGAUACCAGAGAAAACUGCUGGAAAUUCUUCAUCGACAGAGUCCGGAGGCAGCUGAAAGUUGCUCUGUGUUUCUCCCCUGUUGGUAACAAGCUACGUGUUCGAAGCAGAAAAUUCCCUGCAGUGGUAAACUGCACCGCAAUCGAUUGGUUCCAUGAGUGGCCACAGGAGGCGCUAGAGUCCGUCAGCCUGCGUUUCCUCCAAGAAACUGAGAAUAUUGAGGGACCCAUUAAGGAAUCCAUAAGUAAAUUCAUGGCCUAUGUGCACACCAGUGUGAACGACAUGUCCAAGUCCUACCUGAGCAACGAACGCCGCUACAAUUACACCACCCCUAAGUCUUUUCUGGAGCAGAUCAAGCUGUACCAGAACCUGCUGUCUAAGAAACGCAAGGAGCUUUCUGCCAAGAUGGAGCGUCUGGAGAACGGACUGGAGAAGUUGAACAGCACGUCAGCCCAGGUGGACGACCUAAAAGCCAAACUAGCGGCACAAGAGGUGGAGCUGAAACAGAAGAACGAGGAUGCGGAUAAACUCAUCCAGGUGGUCGGGGUGGAGACCGAGAAGGUGGGUAAGGAGAAAGCGGUGGCUGACGAGGAGGAAAAGAAAGUGGCCGUUAUAGCGGAGGAGGUCGGGAAGAAGCAGAAGGACUGCGAGACGGAUCUGGCCAAAGCAGAACCAGCUUUAGUGGCUGCUCAAGAAGCCCUGAACACCCUCAAUAGGAACAAUCUGACAGAGCUGAAGUCUUUUGGUGCCCCACCUUCAGCUGUCACCAACGUCACAGCAGCGGUCAUGGUCCUCACAGCCCCUGGUGGUAGAAUCCCAAAAGACAGGAGCUGGAAGGCUGCCAGAGUGGUCAUGGGAAAAGUGGAUAGCUUUUUAGACUCCUUAAUAAACUUCAAUAAGGAGAAUAUUCAUGAAAACUGUAUAAAAGCCAUUCAGCCCUACAUGCAAGACCCAGAGUUCAACCCAGAAUUCAUUUCUUCCAAAUCCCUCGCUGCCGCUGGGCUCUGCUCCUGGGUUAUCAACAUUGUCAAGUUCUAUGAGGUAUACUGUGAGGUGGAGCCAAAACGCCAAGCUCUGAACAAGGCAAACGCUGAACUAGCAGCCGCAGAGGAGAAACUGUCCAGUAUCAAAGCCAAAAUUGCCCUUCUGAAUGAAAAUCUCGCCAAACUGACUGCAAAGUUUGAGAAGGCCACGGCAGACAAGCUGAAAUGCCAACAGGAAGCUGACAGCACUGCUCUCACCAUCUCUCUCGCCAACCGUCUGGUCGGGGGACUCGCCUCGGAGAAUGUCAGAUGGGCUGAAGCUGUCAGGAACUUCAAGCUCCAGGAGAGCACCCUGUGUGGAGACGUCCUCCUCAUCACUGCCUUUGUCUCCUACUUCGGCUACUUCACCAAGAAAUACAGACAAGAACUGAUGGACAAGAUGUGGAGGCCGUACCUCGGGCAGCUGAAAGUCCCGAUCCCAGUGACUGAGGCUUUGGACCCGCUGACCAUGCUGACCGACGAUGCAGAUAUCGCAGCCUGGCAAAACGAAGGUCUUCCAGCUGAUCGCAUGUCAACUGAGAACGCCACCAUCCUCUCCAACUGUGAGAGAUGGCCGCUGAUGGUGGACCCGCAGCUCCAGGGCAUCAAGUGGAUCAAGAACAAGUACGGAGAGGAGCUGCGAGUGAUCAGGAUCGGACAAAGAGGAUACCUGGACACCCUGGAGAGAGCUCUGGGAGGAGGAGACGUGGUGCUGAUCGAGAACUUAGAGGAAAGCGUGGACCCCGUCCUGGGACCAUUACUCGGCAGAGAAACCAUCAAAAAAGGAAGGUACAUUAAGAUCGGGGACAAGGAGUGCGAGUACAGCCCCAACUUCCGCCUGAUCCUGCACACAAAACUUGCCAACCCGCAUUACCAGCCUGAGAUGCAGGCGCAGUGCACCCUCAUCAACUUCACCGUCACCCGAGACGGCCUGGAAGACCAGCUGCUGGCGGCGGUAGUGAGCAUGGAGCGCCCGGACCUGGAGGAGCUGAAGUCAAAUCUAACCAAGCAGCAGAAUGGGUUCAAGAUCACCCUGAAGACCCUGGAAGACAAUCUGUUGUCUCGCCUCUCAUCCGCUUCUGGAAAUUUCCUCGGGGACAUAGAAUUGGUGGAAAAUCUUGAAAUCACCAAGAAGACGGCGGCCGAAAUCGAAGAGAAGGUUCAAGAAGCCAAAGUGACAGAAGCAAAAAUCAAUGAAGCUCGUGAGCACUAUCGUCUCGCCGCCGCUCGCGCCUCCCUACUUUACUUUAUAAUGAACGACCUCAACAAGAUCCAUCCCAUGUACCAGUUCUCCCUGAAGGCGUUCAGCGUGGUUUUCCAGCAGGCCGUCCAGAAGGCUCCCGCUGACGAGGUCCUGAAGCAGCGGGUGAUGAACCUCAUCGACAGCAUCACGUUCUCCGUCUUCCAGUACACAACACGGGGUCUUUUCGAGUGCGACAAGCUGACGUAUACCGGGCAGCUCGCCUUUCAGAUCCUGCUGAUGAACAAGGAGAUAAAUAUGGUUGAGUUAGACUUUCUUCUGAGGUACCCAGCCCAGCCCGGCCUGACAAGUCCCGUGGAUUUCCUCUCCAAUCAGUCCUGGGGCGGUAUCAAGGCUCUGUCAUCCAUGGACGAGUUCCGGAACUUGGAUCGAGACAUAGAAGGGUCUGCCAAGCGCUGGAAGAAGUUUGUAGAAUCAGAAUGUCCAGAGAAGGAAAAGUUCCCUCAAGAGUGGAAGAACAAGACCGCCCUGCAAAGGCUGUGCAUGAUGAGGGCGCUACGCCCCGAUCGGAUGACGUACGCUGUCAGGGAUUUUGUGGAGGAAAAGUUGGGCAGUAAAUACGUUGUGGGGCGAUCGCUUGACUUUGCAGCAUCUUAUGAGGAGUCUGGGCCAAGCACUCCUAUGUUCUUCAUCUUAUCUCCUGGUGUAGACCCUCUGAAAGAUGUCGAGAAACAAGGGAGAAAACUUGGUUACACAUUUGACAAUCAGAACCUACAUAACGUGUCUCUGGGGCAGGGACAGGAGGUUGUAGCUGAGCAGGCGCUGGAUCUGGCCGCCCGGGAAGGACACUGGGUCAUCCUGCAGAAUAUUCAUCUAGUGGCCAAGUGGCUGAGCACGCUGGAGAAGAAGCUGGAGCACCACAGUGAAGGCAGCCACCCCAACUUCCGUGUUUUCAUCAGUGCCGAGCCCGCCGGGUCACCCGACGGCCACAUCAUUCCUCAGGGUAUCCUUGAGAACUCCAUCAAAAUCACCAACGAGCCUCCGACCGGCAUGCACGCCAACCUGCACAAAGCACUGGAUAACUUCAACCAGGACACUCUGGAGAUGUGUGCACGUGAAACAGAGUUCAAGAGCAUCCUGUUCGCUCUCUGUUACUUCCACGCCGUGGUGGCCGAGAGGAGAAAGUUCGGACCUCAGGGUUGGAAUCGCUCCUAUCCCUUUAACACUGGAGACCUCACAAUAUCAGUCAACGUAUUGUACAAUUAUCUGGAAGCCAAUGCCAAGGUCCCCUAUGACGACCUGCGUUAUCUGUUUGGCGAGAUCAUGUACGGAGGUCACAUCACGGAUGACUGGGACCGGCGACUCUGCAGGACUUAUCUAGAGGAGUUCAUAAAGCCUGAAAUGAUGGAAGGGGAGCUGUUCCUGGCCCCUGGAUUCCCACUUCCCGGAAACAUGGAUUACAAUGGUUACCAUCAGUAUAUUGACGAUGUCCUCCCUGCCGAGUCUCCAUAUCUGUACGGCCUGCACCCUAACGCAGAGAUCGGUUUCCUGACUCAGACAUCAGAAAAGUUGUUCCGCACUGUGCUGGAGAUGCAGCCUCGUGACAGCAGCAUGGGCGAGGGUGGAGGAGUCACCCGGGAGGAGAAGGUCAAAGCCACUCUGGACGAGAUCCUCGAGAAACUCCCGGAGGAGUUCAACAUUGCAGAGCUGAUGGCAAAGGCGGAGGAGAGGACGCCGUACAUUGUGGUCGCCUUCCAGGAAUGCGAACGGAUGAACAUGCUCACCAGUGAGAUCAAACGCUCCCUGAAGGAGCUCGACUUAGGACUGAAGGGUGAACUGACCAUGACUAGUGACAUGGAGAAUCUACAGAACGCCAUUUUCCUGGACAUGGUGCCCGAUUCAUGGACCAAAAGAGCCUACCCGUCCAUGGCUGGCCUGGCUGGCUGGUUUGUCGACCUCCUCAGCCGUAUCAAGGAGUUAGAGACCUGGACGGGAGACUUUGCGUUGCCUUCGGCUGUCUGGCUGGCUGGUUUCUUUAACCCCCAGUCUUUCCUGACAGCCAUCAUGCAGUCUAUGGCCAGGAAGAACGAGUGGCCGCUCGAUAAGAUGACCCUGCAGUGUGAUGUGACAAAGAAGAACAGAGAGGACUUUAGCAGUCCACCACGAGAAGGGGCUUAUGUCCAUGGGCUGUUCAUGGAGGGAGCUCGCUGGGACACACAGACCAGCAUCAUCACAGACGCACGACUCAAGGACUUGACGCCAGCCAUGCCGGUCAUCUUCAUCAAGGCCAUCCCUGUGGAUAAGCAAGACACUCGCAACGUCUACGCCUGCCCUGUGUAUAAGACCCGGCUGAGGGGACCAACAUAUGUCUGGACAUUCAACCUUAAGACUAAAGAGAACCCCUCCAAAUGGGUCCUGGCUGGGGUGGCGCUCUUGUUGCAGAUUUAGAACUGUGCACUGGUUCUUCGUUCAGCGCGGACACUGUGCUGUUCUAGACACUUUUACGCUUUCAGUUGCACUAAGAGGAGACUCCGCACCUUGUGAAAAAACACUCCGAAAACCCAGUAUUACGCUGCACAUGCCCACACUAAGUUAUUGUGGAAGUCUGUUCUAAUAAAGAUUUCACUU